AUGGGGGGUCAUCAUUUGACUAUUGGGCUAAUUAAACUAAAGAUCGACAACCUCGCUGAGAUCCCCACCAAGCAGUACAGUCCGGCUGUUGUCAAGAUUGUUGCCAGUUCCAUCAUCGGUAUCAAGUACAGCCUCGCCGAUGAAGAUGUUCCGAGCGGCACAACGGCAACCGCGAUGCAUCUGCAGCUAUAUCUCUGCGCGACUGAGAUGGGUAUGGAGUGCCUCGAAAAGUUCGCAUUCAAGUUCUUCAGGAAUGCCCUUACUAAAGAUGGAUCGACACCCGAAGGGCUCAGAAGCUUGGUCGAGCAUCACAAGCUGUUCACUGUGGAUUUCUGUCAGAAGGCAUUCACACUACCUCAGUACGAAAAGGUCAUGUGUACUUUUGCAACCCACAUCAUUGUGUAUGAAGACGUCUUCGACGGAAGCAGCUUCUAUAGUGGACUGCCAGUGGUUACAGCAGGAUACUUGCUCAGAUACCUGCACAAAGUCAAGACAAACGUCAAGCUGAGGCUCGAAGCUCACAAGAAGGGUUUAGUUGGCGUGAAUAAGGCACAUCGACGUCGUGCUUCGCGGGAGCUCCACGGUCGAGGUCCUAGCUCGCGUCGUCUCAUCGACGAUGUAACGCUUACACCAUCUCACAUACCCUCGGCUGCGUCGGCUUUCGAACAGCUUGACGGUCGCCGCCUUCUUGAGCAAAGCGUCGACGGAAGUUCCCUCACACCCCGCGCCGGACGGUACCAGCAUCAAAAUCGCUUACUGCCGAGCGGCGACUCGCGAUUCCGGGAGCUAGAUGAAGAGGACGAUGAAGCCUUCAACCCACCCUUCGCAUCCCUUAGCCCGAUCCGUCCCGUGAAGGGUGGCACCGACCGGGAGAUAGAACAUGAUGAAGUUCUUAUCGAGGACGGUACCGAUGCCGACAUGACCUUCGUCACAGCCAGCCAAGGCGUCAUCUCGUCUGACAAUGGGGGACAGCCUCAGCCACCUCCUCCUCCUCAAGCUGGCGGCAACGUCGCAGCGGAGCCAAAGGAUACAACCAUGCAUGAUCCCCCUCAGUCGGCAAAGAAGGAUACGACCAAGGUCGACCCUUCGCAAUCGGCAAAGGAUAUCACCAUGCUCGAAGCCCCGGAGUCGGAAAAGAAGGACACGACUAUGGUCGACCCCCCGAAGUCUGCAAAAAAGGACACGACCAUGAUAAACAACACCACGAUGGGCAUAGGUAGUCCUGGACCUGGCUCCUGA